ACACCGUAAACAGCAGCAAGUUCAGUUGAGACGCAAAGUUGUUGUCAUGUCUGCAGUCAUAGCGCGACAAGGCUUGGUUAGGUGUCAUUAUACGGAUAAUUUAAGAAAUGAUUUGAUAUUUUGAAUAGAUUUUUUUACAUUUUAGUUGGUCAGAGAGCAGGUAUACUCCGAACAGGAUGGGUAGUGUGUGUAGAGAGAUCGUGACCAUACAACUGGGGCACUAUUCAAACUUUGUCGGGACACAUUGGUGGAAUUUACAGGAUGCAUCCCUGUCCUAUGAGCCGGACUCGACAGCACCCCUUAGCGAACUGCAGAGUGAUGUGCUGUUUCGGGAGGGGAUGACGCUAGGGGGGCAGGUGACCUACACCCCCAGGCUUAUAGCCAUGGACCUCAAGGGAAGUCUCCAGACUUUGAGGCAGGAGGGCAGCCUGUAUGAAACAGGAAAAGACACCAGUGCUUUCACAUGGGAAGGGCCAAUGAUGACGCACAGGGAAAGCCCCCCAACAAAAAACUUAUUUCUUCAGGAUUUGGACAAACUCCAGGAGGGGGAGAUACUGUCCGAACCCGAGUUCAGCACAGCUCAGCUGCAGCAGUGCUCAGGGGCUGUUGCCGUGCCGACGGUGAACAGCAGUCUGGAGCAUGCUCAGAAGCUGUACAGGCUGGAGGGCAGCGUGAGAGUGUGGUCGGACUUCCUGAGGAUCCACCUCCACCCGAGAACCAUCUCCGUCAUCAACCAGUACAACCACGAUGGGGAAUCCCAGCGAUUGAAGGCUUUUGGCCAGGGGGAGGCGCUGUGCCAGGGGGUGGUGCUCGAGCAGCUGGAGGACCGGCUGCAUUUCUUCGUGGAGGAGUGCGACUACCUGCAGGGCUUUCAGGUGCUGUGCGACAUUGCCGACGGCUUUUCGGGCUUGGGGUCAAAGGUCACGGAGCUGCUGCACGACUCGUACGGUGGGCGGGGCAUCCUGACGUGGGGGUUGGCGCCUGUCAAUCAUCCGGACUCGAGUCCAGUGAAGGAGUUCUACCACCUGAUGAACUAUGCCUUGGGCACGAUCAAUAUGGCCAAUCACAGCUCUUUCUUCUGCCCUCUGACCCUGAGAGGGGGGCUGGGCUUACGUCCGACUCCGCCCGCCUCCUUUCCCCACCUCAACUAUGACCCCACUCUCUGGUUCCACUCCGGCGCGGUGCUGGCGCUGGCCCUGGACUCCCUCACCGUCUCCUACAGGCUGCAGCACCACAGCGCCCCCAUGUGGCACCUGGCGGACGCGCUGGCCGUCGCCGGGAGGAAGGUGGUGGCUGCAUACGGGGCCAUCCCCUUCCCCAUGACGCAAGGCAGCAGUCUUCCCGAUGCCCUGGCCGGGUACACAGACAAGUUACCAUGGAGACCCCUAUCAGCUUGCUCGGAGCUGGGCGACGGGUGCUGUUUCAGCCAAUCGGUGACUCUGAGGGGCCUGGAGGGGCAGAGCCUUGUCAGCCCGCUGGCCCCUGGGACGGAGCCCGCCACCCCCCUGCACAGCUCCCGAAGCGGAGAGGAGGUGCUGACCGACUUCUUGAGGACGCACUACCCAUCCAGUCCUCUGGCAGUGCAUCUGGUGUCCCAGCCCAGUAAGGUGACCCCUCCCUUCCCCCAGAUUUUCAGCCCGUACCUGGACUCCCAGGGGUCCCUGCGCCCCCAGAACAUGCCCCCCAACACCGGUGAGUCUCCCUCGCUUCAUGCUGUGCGGUUGACUAUGUCAGAGUUGGAGUGUGUGUUUGUUUCAGAUCAGCAUAGCUGUGUGCCCAAUGCCCGGGCCGAAUCAGCGAGUGGGAGCCCUGGACAGCUGCGCACCUUGGCGCACUGUUACCGCGACGACCGGGGCGGAGUCCUGCACUCGUCCUCUGAGGACGACGACGACGACGACUGAUUGGCUUCUUUAAGAAGGCGGCGUCUCCUCCUCCAGCCCCCUCCCCUCCCCAUGCCUCUGCGACAUUCCGGCAGUUUCCUCCAGAUUCCUGCGGACCGGGGGUCAAGGACGGGUGGCGUUAUGCCAGUCAUGAUUUAAGUUUAAAGGAUGGGUGAUGGGAGGGAAAGUUUGGAAAGUACGGAAGAGGAUUAGGGUCACGUGAAAAAAUUUCUUGAGUUCUGACUUUAAAGUCAGAAUUCUGAGAAUAAAGUCAGAAUUCUGAGAUUAAAGUCAGAAUUCUGAGAAUAAAGUCAGAAUUC